CACUUCAUCAUUAAAUAAGAAAGGCUUGCUGGACUUACCAACUAAUCCAGGCUUGCCUAAUCAUGGCUAACCGAAAUGUCAUAUACUUAUUAGUGGUAUGUGUAAGUUUAACUACUGUGGUGUAUUGUCAAGAGGAUCUAUUUGAUGAUACUUUCGGAGCUGAUCCUGGAUGUAAGGAUCCUUGGUCUACAGAAUGGACGAGGGAUGCUGGAGAUUGUACCAAAGUCCACUUCUGUGUACAAGGCAAAAAAUAUUGGACGAUAUCUUGCAAUGAUACAAGAGUUUGGUCGAAUACUGGUCAUGCUUGUGUGUUGCCUUUAUCACAAUGGGACGAUUGUAACCAGGUUAUUACCACACCAACUAUCAUUAAAUUAAGUUUAAGACUUUAUGCCUACAAGCCCGUAGCUACAGAGGCCUUAAAAAAGGAUUACCCCCAAACCGGGAAAAACCCCACGAAAAAAUCGAACAACCGAGCAAUUCCAUUACUACAACUUUACACCAUGCACCAUUGCCCCUCCGGAUAUAUUACCCGCCUCUUCCAACAAUCAGACGAUGAACGAUGUGUAGUGCCGACUGGUAUGAACCCAGAUCCUGAUAAUUGCGCCCAGUUUUUAGCUUGUGAUAACCGUACAGUAGUAGCCACUAUGUCGUGUCCGGAAAAUACCCUCUUCUCCACCAGAAACAACACCUGUGAACUUAGUUAUAUGGUAGCGGAUGAAUGCAGGACCAGGCAGAUUCCUAGUCAUGUUUCAGUCACCACUGCAAGUCCUAUCAUCGAUAAACCAUGCGAAGGAACCAAAAAUGGUGACGUAUCAGAUCCCAGGAAUUGUGCCAGAUUUUACAAGUGUAAUUAUGGUCGAGUGGUGGCCAGGGUCAAAUGUCCCAGUAACAGCCAUUUUAAUGAUAUUGAACAUAAAUGUGAUUGGAGAGCUAACGUAGAAUGUGGAAGUCGUCCUAAAUAAACUUCCACUACAACACAAACCAUCUGUACCUGCAACAGUAUUAUCCAUAGAACGUCAAUAUCCAAGAAACGUAGCAUUUCUGGAUUUAUCGCUUCACAAGAAAAGAACUCAUUUUCUCAUAGAAUUUCUGAAAACAUAAACAUUUUAUAGAAAACUUCGGCAACGACCAAAACCCCAAAACUUUGAAAUUUUGUAAAAUUCAUAUAUUUGAAAAUAUUUGAUGGGUUUUAUGCUUUAUUUCAGUAUUAAAUUUGUGUUUUAAAAUGGUUUUUUUUCUGACCAUUGAAGUCCGUCAUCUUUCCUUUGUUUUCUUUGUAAAUAUUAUUUGUAAAAUUGCUCAUGUUUUGUUCAGUAUCUAGACGUGUGUUCAUUUUGUAAGUUUUGUUACAAGUGAAUAAAAUAUUUCAUUUAU